AUGACACGAUUAAGCAAAGCUGAAAAUGAUAGUGAAAGUGAAGAAGAGAGCCGUCAACCUAGACAUCACUGGUUAUUUGAGAAAAGUGAAGACAGAAAAAGAAAUAUCAUGCCAGAGUUCAUGAUGAUAAAGAAGGGCUAUCUGAGAACCAAGAUGAAUUCUCAAGCCCAAGGAUCUGAGUGUAAUAAUGAUAACAUGCCUUUAUCAAAAAGGAUAAGUGUUUGUGUUAUUAAGCAAAAACCUAACAUAAAAAGUCAGGUAAAGAAUCUGGAUUCAAAUGAUGAUGAGGCUGAGAGUGACAGUAAGAGUGUAGAAGGUUACCAUGCUAAAUGCUUUAGCUUGUUUGAAAAAGAUAAGGGCACAAAGGAAAGAUUGCACCAAAGUCAGGACUGGUACAGGAGAGUUAUUUGA